GUACCCAACUACAUACUGCACAUGGCCGAGCAGCGACAACGAGUGGUGUUUGCGAGGGACAAGAGAGCGCAGGGAGCUAGCUAUUCCUGACCUGGUAGCCAUUGGGCCCGCGAGGACGUUGGGCUGCAUCAGGACGCUGCGCGACAUCUUGCGGCGGGCUCCAUUUUGAUGUUGGCCCUGUGGCCGUGGAGUGGAGGGACGAUGGAGGAGUCGUUCGUCCUGUUGUUUGCUCGGAUGAACUUCUGGCAUGCACCCGACAAACCCUCUUUGGCGCAAUUCGACUGAAGCCGUCAACAACAAGUUUGCGUCAUGAAUCGUGGAUGGCGAGACGGAGACGGAUCGAGGAACUUUUGGCUUCAUGGGAUGCGGGGGAAAUACUUCGUCGAGCAACCCGAAGAGGCGAAGAGUUAUGUCUGGGGAAGUUGCAAUUUCUGGAUCAAAGUUACGAAAUAUGGGAUUCCAAAAGGCUGAUGGAGUUGUAUGUGCUCAGGGCAGUACAAAGAACAGUGGACAUUCAAGGCCCCAGACUACCUACCUCUACUUAUUUGCCGACACCCAAGACCUGAUAUGAGAUAGUGCACGACCGCAUUGAGCAGUCUAUUGACUAUAUCAAAGUCAAAUCAAGACGAUCUGUUAGACCUUCCAGCUACCGGUUGGGGAGUGUAUAGGCGCUGUAUACUACAUACUUUCGUCGCUUGUGCUGCCCCUGCUACAUCUCAUACAAUCGGACGUCUAGGUAAAGCGUCCACUUCAGCCGCUAAAAUUGGGUCGGGAUGGCUGUGAGCUGUGCUUAUGCUUCGGAGUUCGGACUGUCAGCCGAUUAAAACAGAGCAUAUCGGGCUUUUUGGUACUGUCAUUCGAGAUUCCUACUAUUUCUUGCUUGUACACGUAACAAAACCUCUCAUCUCAGAGAUAGUCAGAGACUUGCAGUCAUCAGUUCGUGAUAUACGCUUUGUCGGCAUCGCUGAUCAGGAACCACCCACGCCACUCCUGCCUGUCUGUAACUUACCCAAGGCACCCUCCGGUUGACCACUCGACCCACUCAGCCCAGCUCAACCGCCUAAUAUCAACCCUUUGUCCGUGAGACGGACAUCCUUCAUUCAAGUUAACACAAACCGGGAGCUUUCAUCAACAUCUAUCGGGAGUCAUCGAGCCUUGGAAACGACGCCCGGCCCCGUUCACCUCCUCCGGUCGGGUCUCCGCAUCGGCCUCCCCAUGCCCCGUACGGACUUGGCACUCUCAUCACUACAACAACAAACCUACCACCGCACCGUCAACCAUCAACAGCAACAACAACUACUAAAACAAAGCCUCAUCACCACCGACCGACUCCCAACUCAAACAUGUCCCAUGCCCACCCUUUGAAAAUAAUAACCCGCAUCCCCCUCCCCCCACCGACUCCCCCCUCCGCCCUCCUCUCCGCCCUCCACGCCUACGUCCCCCUCAUAACCGCCAACCCCUACCUAAAAUCCUACAUCUCCCUUCCCCUUCCUCUCCCCACCUCCUCUUCCUCUUCCUAUCCCGCUCCUCCCCCCUCCUCUUCCAACUCUCCCCACCCCCUCCCUCCAUCCCUCACCGACGACCCAUCCUUCUUCCACCCCCCGGGCCCCGACGGCUUCAACCCCCAAUCGUUCCUCAUCACCGACUCCGUUCCCCUUCUUCCCCUCCCGGACUGGCUAGGCGGUGGCUCCCUACUAGGAAGCAAAGAAGUUUCCGUGCCUUGUACUUUCCAGAGCUUUGGCUACGGAGUUCGGUGUAAGGCCGUAGCGCCGGCGGCAGGCGCGGGGUCGGUGGUGGUGGUGAGGAGCAGUUAUGAGGUUCGGCAUCGGUAUCGGGCCAAGGGGCGGCAGCCACAGGAACAGGAACGGGGAUGGGAACAGAAAGGAAAUGGAGGAAACGAAGAAGGGCAAGGGCAAGGACAGCAGGAAGGCGAACAAGGACUGGGAUUGGGACUAGGACAAGGACUGAGAGCUGGUCUGCGAAAAGGUGGUAGCGAUGAUAAUGUUGUUGGUGGGAACAAAUCCAAACAACCAACAGCAGACGACAAUAACAACAACAACAACAACAACAACAACAACAAAAAACUAAUCAACAAAGUCACCGGCACCUCCAUCGACAACUACGAGUACGAACUAGUCGAGAUCGCCACCAUUGAGUGUCCGGCCAUCGUGCGCCCUUUUGUCAAAGCAAAGUUCGAAAAGGGCCACCACGAGGUUUUGCAAACGGUGGUGGACCAGGUCGUGGCCAAGUGGAUGCAAGAGUUGAGGUCGUCCAAGGGGUCUGGCGCAGCGUCGGGAGCGGGAAGGGGGAGGACUUUGUUACAGGAGAUACAACAGACUUGAAAUAUGUAUGUACACAUGGAGAAAUGGGUGGGUUUGAGGAGGGAUGACGAGAGAUAUGGUAAUGGUGAUGGUGAUGUGAUAUUAUUGAUGUUGCGGUUGCGUGGGGCGGGUUAUCGAUCAAUCCGGAUGAUGAGAUUACGAGGCGGGCUCACUGCAUAGCCAUCAGAAUAAGACUUGCAGGGAAGAACGUAGCUGUUACGGGUUCUCUAGCUGUAUUACAUGUUGACUUGGGCGGGAUUUGGUGAUAUCAACUGUGAUCGGC